AUGACAUCAAUGAAUUUACGUAGAUUGUUGCCCAACAAGGCAAAGAGUGAAAGACCACAACCAGAAAACACUCUUAAAAAAGGUUUUUUAGAAAGAAAGAAAGAUUAUAUAGAGCGUGCUAGAGAUUACAGUAAAAAAAAAGAAACUAUAAAAAAGUUAAAGUUACAAGCAGCUUUCAAAAAUCCAGAAGAGUUUAGUUAUAAAAUGAUUAGCAGUAAAUUAGUUGAUGGUGUACAUAGCGAAAUUAGUAAAACAUCAUUAAAAAAAGAACAAAUUAUAGAUAUUAAAACACAAGAUAUAUUAUAUUUACAAAGUAAAAGAAAAUCAGAGGAUAAUAAAAUCGAAAGAUUACAAGCAAAUUUACAAUAUUUAGAUUCAAUUGAACCAAAUGAACAAGUUAUCUAUUUAGAUAAUGAAAAGGAUGUAAAAAAUUUUUCAGCUACUAAAUAUUUUGAUACAGUACCAGAAGCAUUCGAUGGUUCACUUUCAACUAUACCAAAGCUUUCAAAACUCAAAGAAGGUUCACUUAUUGUAAAUAAAAAGACAGCACCAGCUUUAGGCGAAUUAGAAUCAAUGACUACAACAGCAUAUAAAGAAUUAAAUGAAAGAAAACAUAGAAGAGAUCAAUUAUUUAAAGCUGAAACUGAAUUAGCAAAAUCUAAAAUACAAUUAAAAAGAGGAAAUAGUAGUGGUGUUUCUAAAAAAGUUGGUAAAAAAGAAGUAGUUUUUAAGCAAGUUAGAUCAAAAUAA